AUGCCAGUGACGCUAUCGAAAGGAAUGGGUGACGACGAGCUCCUGGGUAUGGUUGGGUCGCUUCAACAGCAGCGGAUCCAAUUUAACCAGAUGGAAGAGCAGAUCCAAACAAUGGAAGCAGAAGCGGACACACUCGACGAGCAGCUUCAGGCAUCGAAUUUCACAAUCGCAGCUAUUUUGGCCCGCGAGCUCAUAAAGGUCGCUCGGCAGAGGACUGUGUACAGUGUCAUCCUUCUGGCCUUGGUCGACCACCGCUACCUUUACCGAUACGUCAACGUGGGCUUCCCAGGAAAGUGCCACGAUGCCAACGUGUACGGCCGUUCCCCGUUAGCUCGUCUCUUGGAAAGCUAUCAGGCUGCCGUUCCAAGAGUUAUGGGAGGCACAGAGAUUCCACCCCUUGUGCUUUGUGAUCAGGCAUUUUCCCUCACCCAGAACCUAAUGAAGCCGUUCCGACACAGUCUGAAUUACCCUCAAGGCAAAAGAGACUACAACUACGCUCUGUCCAAGGCUAGGCGAGUCGUAGAAAAUACGUUCGGGCGUCUCAAGGCUCGCUUUAGAAUCCUUCCGAAGCGAAUGGAGCAACGGAUGGAGAACGUGAAUGCUGUAGUUCGAGCAUGCUGCAUUCUGCACAAUGUCUGCGAGACCCUGAACGAUAGGGCUGACCAGCAGUGGGUGACGGAGGCCCUGAAGAUCGGAGAAGAUGCAAAACAGGAACAGCCGAGCCUCAGCUCUUUAUCUGCGACAGAUAGGGGGGAUACACUCCGAGCAGCACUUGUUUCAUACUUCGAGGCAAAUCCACUUCGGACACGCAAGGCAUAA